AUGGAAAAUGUUGGAUGGGACGAAGGGCUUGCUCUGGUUGAUAUCAAGUCUUUGUCACUGGAUUUAGAUGACGACGAUGAUGGACCACGGAUAGAUCUGGUUCGACCACAAAGUUCACAGCUAGAGCAAAGCUCAGCAGAGAAAAUGGUAUCAAAUCAGAGCAGCAGCAAAGCUGAAGAUUCUAAAGGACAAGGUUCCCUUACAUGUGAGCUGUGUGGAACGUGCUUUGAGACCCGGAAGGGCUUGGCCAGCCACUCACGCUCCCACCUACGUCAAUUUGGGAUUCCGGGGCCAGAAAUCAGUGCUCCCAUUGAUCUACUGAAAGAGCUAGUCAAGCAGGGCAAGCUUCCGAAAGAGGAGAGCCCAUUGGGGGCCAAGAAGGUGGCCAGUUCCCAGCAAGGACCCCCCAAAGCCCAGUGGGGGGAUGAGGACGGGCCUUUGAAUCUGAGUGUCGAAGGAGAUCCAAACCGAGAAAAUGAGUGCGAGUUUUGUGGUGCUUGGUUUGAGACCAGAAAGGGCUUGUCCAGCCAUGCUAGGGCUCAUUUGCGCCACUUGGGAAUCAAUGAUCCAGAGGCAAAAAUUUCCCCGAUUGCAGCUCUAAACUCUCAUAUGAAAAGAGAUGAUUUUAUGAAGCAAAUGUCUGAGCAGACAGAAACUGACGACGAACCUAUCGGCAGCAACGCCAAUGAUACAGAGCCUAACAGUGGCGCAAAGGGCAACGAAGCUGAUCCUUUCGCCAAGCCAACAGAAAGCACAAACAAGGCAAGCGGCAAUGCCUCUGCGAACCUGUCUGAAGGCGCUUCCCGCUCUAUGUCGGCAGCAGAGAGUGGCCUGCAAUUGGUAGACGGUGCAGGGCCUAUAGAAACGUCUGCACAUUUCAAAUCCCCUAGUGGGUCAGGAAACGGCACGCAAAUCAAAAUAGUUGAAGCCGGUGCUCCUCGAGUCCUGUCUCCUAAGGCUUACGCCAAAUUAGCUGGGGUUGGCAGUCCACACGUAAAGAUGGAAGCUGGUCGUGGCCAUGGCAAGAUGCAACAUGGCAACCAAUCAAAGCUUUCCAUAGGAGGCUUAGCUCACCACAGACCGAUACCUGGUAGGAUGCCACCUACCAAAAAAAUGAAGAUGAUGUCUCAAUCCUGUAAAUCUAACCUGGAUUCCUACUGGGCUCAGAAGAAUGCCUCCAGUCCACUCAAUCUUUCCCCGAGUUCGGAAGUAGUCCGCUGCGAGUUCUGCGGCGAGUUCUUUGAAAACAGAAAGGGCCUGUCGAGCCACGCACGCUCCCACCUGCGCCAGAUGGGCGUCACAGAGUGGCAUGUCAACGGGUCACCCAUCGACACCCUGCGGGAGAUCUUGGCCAGUGGGACCCUUCCCAGAAUGGGCACCAGAGUCGGAGGCCCCGGCUCGGAGAAGCUCCUCCCACAUCAUCCUCGUGCUUCCCCAUCCGGAUCCCACCCGUACAGAGGGUUGGCUCCGACGAUGCAACGCAAGCCUCCUCGGCUCCCUGCCUACCCGGGCAGCGAGUGGCCCUCCGAUCUCUCACCUUUAAACUUGUCUUCGCAGUCAGACCCCACCCGUGAUAUCCGCUGCGAGUUCUGCAAUGAGUUCUUUGAGAAUCGUAAGGGGCUGUCUAGUCAUGCACGUUCACAUCUCCGCCAGAUGGGUGUGACAGAGUGGCAUGUGAAUGGCUCACCUAUUGAUACUCUGCGAGAAAUCAUACGCAAGAGACGUCCGGCGACACCACAGCAGCAGGUUUCCAACAUCAAAAAGGAACCUCACGGGGAGGAAGAGCCACCCAGUCCGUCACACAGACUCUCACCUCUUGGUGCUGGAGCAUCAAUGAUGGCUCGAGAUCUUCCAAUUUCACCGUCUGGGCGCCCUUUCAAUAGUUUUCUGUCCCCAGUACCAACUAAGAGGCCAGCUUCUCAUGAACCUCGACUUACACAGUCUGAGCCAAAGGGCUAUAUGAAUGCAGAGCGUAAGACUUGCAGCCAGUCUAAGUCUUACCUACAGGGUCAGAGUAGACCAAAAACCUAUGUUACAGAGGAGGGCCGGCUCAAGACCUUUAUUCAUGUUGAUGGGAAGCCAAAACAGUUCUUUCAAAGUGGAGAUGGGAGGCCAAAGAUUUUAAUGCAAGAAGGGAGACCAAAGGGCUAUUUGCCAGGUGAAAACAGACCCAAGACAUUUGUGCACGGCGAAGGCAAGCCUAAAACCUAUUUGCAAGGUGAUGGAAAGCCCAAGUCUUUUAUGCUUGGGGAACAUAAACCUAAACCCUUCUUGCAAGGUGUAUCCAAGCUUAAGUCUUUUUCUCCAGAUGGCAAGACCAAGGCUUACAUCCAGACGGAGCUUCCAUUUAAGGUCAAGGUGAAGGCAUCUCCAGAGAAGGGAGCCACUAACAUGGAGGCCGCCUGUGAGCUUUGUGGGUUGAUCUUUGAAAAUCGGAAGGCUUUAGCCAGCCAUGCCAGAGCUCACCUUCGACAAUUUGGUGUAACUGAAUGGUGUGUCAACGGUUCCCCAAUUGAAACCCUACGAGAAUGGAUGAAGCAGAGACCCCAGAAGGCUGGUGCCUAUCUAAAUUACAUUCAAGGGCGUCCUUUCUCCAAAAAGUUCAAACGUGCUUUACAAGGUCCAAAACCAGCACCAGAGAAGGAAAGCCCAGCCACAACCCCUCAAAAGGUGGCUGAGAAAGAACAAAGUGCCGCAGUGCCAAGCUCAACCUCUGAAAAAUCAGCUGAGCCGCAGGGGCAGAAAGUUGAGCGUCGUCACCCUAAGGCACCCGAGGUUCCACCUUCCCUGGAAGAUACAGUCUCUGAACCACUAGCCAAAAAUGAGGAGCCACGUCCCCCUGCAAGAGUACGUCCUGUGCCUUCUCUGGUACCAAGACCUCCCCAGACAUCAUUAGUAAAGUUUGUUGGAAACAUUUACACUUUGAAAUGCAGGUUCUGUGACAUUCAGUUCCAAGGUCCACUUUCCAUUCAGGAGCAGUGGGUCCGUCACCUACAGCAUCACAUAAUGGAAAUGAACUUUUCAAAGGACCUCAGCCCACCCGAUGACGUAUCGUCACAGGAGCAGUCGGAGGCUGUCAAGUCCCAAUAAGCCAGCUUCGCAAUGACUCAGACAAGACGUCUGCAUUAUCUGCAAUGGGAGAAAGCAAGCCACGGAUUAUGUGAAAGCCUUGUAGACGGCAACUUGGGAUUUAAAAAAACAAAAUCCUGUGCAGGGUCUGAAAAAAAAGAUGAUCUACAGCCUGUGAGAUUAAAGUGAUGUUGUCUGGAUAUACAGAAAGGGAAGAUCAGCCACAAGGCACCAACAUAUUUCAGUAGACUGAACUUGCAAUAAUUAGAGUAAUAUCUAGAGUGAUGCGGUGGUGUAAUGGGGGAUAAAGGGACAUGUUUUGAAGAUUUUAAUAAUAUGGUUAAAUGCUGGUAAUUUAUCAGUUUUGUAUGAUUGGUCUGCAGAUGUAGAAUGUUGUGGAAGGUGAUAAAAAUAAUUAUGGGAAGAAUAAAGAUGUAAGAUGGGUACAUCUUGGAUGUGACAGGUUGGUGUUUCGCUGUUCUUUUGUAAUUUCCAGUGACCUGUGCUUUUGCUGCUAACACAAAGCUGUUUUCUUUCUUGUCUGUUGAGGGACAUCGGGAGUCUUGACUAUCGUGUUAUAAUGCCGCCUACAGGGGGU